AAGACGAAUUUGCAGACUAACAAUAUUUAGACAAUUAAUUCGCUAUUAAUUUUUAUGAGCAACAAAUACUCGAACGUGAUUGAUGUUCGUGAAUGUCAUGGACGAUCGCGACCAAAGAAAAUGUUGCAUAUACGAUAAGAAUCUUUAGAAUCUUGUUAUUCUUUUCAAUGAAGCAGUUCUAUUAUGUAAAAGAAUUUUGAUAUUUAUGUUCUUAAUAUGAUAUUUACGACGAAAAAUUGUGAUUGUAUAACGACUUUGCAAGCUGUCAUUGUGAUGGUUAACUGCUAUUCGCGUCACGACCGGUCGGACUUGACAAAUUCGUUUAUAAAAUAAUCUGACAUAAAAGUGUGUCAGAUCUCAAUUAUUUUCGAAUAUGGCCUUAAAACACGUAGUUGUUGGCGGUGGUACUGGCUUCGUAGGAUCACAAUUGAUAAAAUCGCUGUCUCUCGAGGGUAUCUCUUGCACAUGUAUCUCUCGAAUGCCAGGACCAAAUAGAAUGUCGUGGAAUGAUUUAGAACGCUACGGACUACCGGAGAAUACAUCAGCUGUCAUCAAUGUCGCAGGUCAAAAUGUACUCGAUCCUACUCAGAGAUGGUCACCGGGCUUCAAGCAGAAUGUCAGAAACAGCAGGGUGAAAACGACAAAGGCAUUAGCUGAUGCUAUACAGAAUACCAAAGCUACAAUUUUUGCGACCAUAUCAGGAGUUGCGUAUUACAAGCCUAAUGAUACUGUAUAUACAGAAGAAAGUAAAUGCGAGUCGUAUGACUUUCUAUCAAAACUUUGUCACGAUUGGGAGGCGGCAGCACAAUUACCAGAGGACUGUAAUAUUAGACAAGUGAUAAUACGAUCUGGAGUUGUAUUGGGAAGAAAUGGCGGUAUGAUCAAGCAAAUUUAUUUACCAUUCUUCUUCGGUCUCGGUGGGCCAAUAGGAGCUGGAAAUCAACACAUGCCCUGGAUACAUAUCACUGACUUAAUUAAUAUGUUUAUGUUGGCGCUUAAAAAUAACAAUGUGCACGGGAUAUUAAAUGGAGUUGCGCCUCAGCUUGUAACAAAUGCGGAAUUUACGCAAGCGUUCGCAAAGGCAAUGAAAAGACCUGCUGCUAUACCUCUUCCGAGUUUUGUCCUGAAAAUAUUAUUCAGUGAAGAACGAGCAAAAAUUAUGCUGGAGGGGCAGAAAGUUAUGCCGAAGCGCGCUACAGAGUUAGGAUUUCAGUAUCAAUAUCCGAACAUCGAAGAUGCUUGUGAAGAACUCGUCCAAUAAACUUUGUAUAAAAAUCUGUUUAAUUGUGAUAAAAGUCUAGGCAUGCAAAGCUAAGUUAAUUAUUAUACAGUUAUUGUAAUAGUACAAUAUAUAUUACUUAGAUUGUUGACGAUGUGAUAAAAUAUCAAGUUUUAAUAUUCUCUUUGAUAAGUCAGAAAUUAUUGUUAUUUAGUAAUAAAUUAUUUAUUGCA